AUGUCGAGGAUGGUGUCGUUGCAAAACACGGCCGGCGAGGUCGCCACCAUCUUCGUCGGCGAAGACCAAGUACCUGUCCAAGCCGACAAAUAUCUGCUUUGCUCAGUCUCGGAUUACUUUCGAUCUGCCCUGAAUGGAGGAUUCCUGGAAAGCUCGACUAAAAUAUUGCAUCUCCCCGAUGUCACGCCAGAAAUGUUCAACAUUUUUCUACUGUGGAUGUACGCUCAGCCGCAUGAUCAACCAGGAAUGCAAUUCAUAGGAUUUAAUUUGAAUAAUCGAGAGCGGAGGCUAUACCGCAGAUCUUUUCUGGCUGCCAGAAAAGCUACUGCCGGAAAUGCUACUCUGCGUCGGUCUUCAAUAAUUUCGUUAGGCCUUUCAGGUGCAGACGAAAUCUCUCAGUCACGGAUAUCAUUACACCCUUCCACAUUCAACCAAUUCUUCAUACCAUUUACCCGCGGCCUACUACCCACCGAUGAUGUAGAUUUCCUUACGCCUGGAUGGGACUAUACGCCUACUAUCAGUCCUAGAUCCGAAGGUAGUCCUCAUAGCGAAGCUCCGUUCAGUGGCGUGUGGAAUAAUAAGAACUACUACGACAUUGACGGCUUACCUAUGCAAGAACAGCCAAUCACUAGGAAUCCGACACCCGAGAUCGUCAAUCUGGUGUACGAUGUUUUACCCGAAACAUCGACACUUCGUCGCUUAUUAUGUGCCAGUUGGGCACAUUGCUUGGAUCCAGAUAACACGACGGAAGAUGCGAAGAAGGUGCACAAAAAGCUGAAUCCAGACUUCAUCUACGAUGUUGCUGUCCUGCAAACAACGCGACUCCGGUCAACUAACAUCCAGGGUGAAAACUUCGUCGAGCAGUGCCAAUUCCACGAACAUAAGCUUUUUGGCACGAGACUUUGCAAACUUCGAAUGGAGAAAAAAGUUGGUUUAUUGAUUGACUUAGUCGAACGUUGCAAGGCACUCGAAAUGGAGGGUGAGUAUGAGGAAUGGGAGGGUAGACAAAGAGAGGGUAGAAAAAGGGAGAGUGAGGAAAGUGAGGAUGAGGAAAUCGAGUAUGAGGAAAUCGAGGAUGAAGAAAUCGAGGAUGAGGCAAUCGAGGAUGAGGCAAUCGUGGAUGAUGUGUACGGCUUCUUAGCAGGAAUGGAGCUGUGAGAUUAGAUUGAUUGAUAACGCGGAGGGUGAAACAUUAGCGUCCGCGGGCAAGAGAAACCUCCUCCUCUCAGAAUAUCUUUAAUUGGGGCAUGCAACAGUUUAUUACAAGUAACAAGGUAGUU